AUGACAUUUGGCUUCAUACGAAUAUACUAUCCUGAACUUGCUGAUCGUGUUUCAUUUCGUUUAAGCUUUGCUGCCCUAUUCUGUGAUAUAGGUUAUUCUGGUCACCUUUUAAUUAAUCUUGUUUGGGAUUCUACUCACGGUUUUUUGUGUGGAUAUGUAGCUUGGGCAAUCGUAUUUUUUGCUCUUACUUCUAUAUUUUUUAUCGAUUGUAUAGCUUUGAACCUUCAUAUAAUAUUCAUAAAUGAAUAUAAAAGACGUAAUUUUGAAAAAUAUUAUUUUAUAAUUGCAAUUUCUAUUGCUCUUUUACUCUCUCUUCUUCCUGCUGCCGCUGAUAUUGGUUGUUGGUAUCGUUUUUCUGGUCAAGAAAGUAAUAUAAUAUGGGAAUGGAUUACUUUUUUCGGUUGGAUAGAUGCAUCUAUAUUGUAUUGUGCGAUUGUUAUUAUUAUGGUUGUUAGAAAACUCAAAUUUGUGGCAAAACAAACCGAUGUCGCUGACUUUUCAUUGGCUUCUCAGUUAUCUAGUCAUCCCUCCUUAAUUAAUAAGACUGUGAUUUUAUCUGUUGUUAGAAGAGUCGUGUGGUAUCCUGUGGUGCCGGUAGCUCAGAUUUUUUGCUCCUUUUUUGAAACUUGCAAAUAUGUUAAUCAUACGGUCCCUGGUCCAAUAAUGAUAAGUUGCUUUAUUGGUAUGUCACUUCAAGUAUUUUCACAAGAUAUUGCAGUUACACGUGCUUUUCAGGCCGUCAAACUACAAUGGUGGAUCACCAACGUUAACUCUUACGAGUCUCAUUAUCCUCAUCGAUCUCACAACAAAGCCAUUACAGAUAAUUUCAAAUGGCUAAGAUACAUGCUAUUAAUUAAACUUUUCUCUCCUCCAAAAAGUUCGAUUAAUUCUCUUGGAAGGAACGAUUCAAAGCAGGAUAUAAGUCUUGAUAAUCAAGAUGAUGGUCAAGAUAUUAAUUUAAUUCUUCUUAAACCUGUUCAUUUAAGAGAUUCUUUUCAAAUUUCAUCUGAUCCCUUAACAGAUAGUUCUAAAAACUAUCAAACUAAUCAGACCAAUAUAAAUAAUACAAACGUAGUAGAAAACUAUGAGGUUGACGGUGAUGAAGGACGAAUUAACAUUAUAAAUAUCAAUAACAAACCAACAAAAAGGGUAUCUGAAGAAUUUGAAAUAAUGUUUAAAAGACUUUAA